AAAAAAAAAAAAAAAAAGAAACAAAUGUCUACAAGAAAACCAAACACUUAUAAACCACGGUCUUUAUUUUCGCGAAUCGAUAUUUUCUUGCGAUUAUGACGUUGAAUUCAAGGUAGAACACAUACACACACACACACACACAAGUAAAUUUUAUAUAGUUUUGCAAGUUAGUUUUUGUACAUGCCACGCUAUCGCUUCGAUACAUUUUUCUUUCGACUCACUCGUAAUACAGAUUGCAAACCGUUCGAGUCGUUAAUUUGAUUUUCUUUCCUAAUCGUAUACUAGUAUUAAAUAAUAAUAAUAAUCUUUUCGUAUGAAUAAAUUAAUUGUUUGUUAAAAUAAAAAUGUCUUUCUGUUGCCCUUUUCUUUUUUCUUUGGAUACAUUUUAUCGUUUCGAUAAAGAUCGAUCGUAAAGCGGGAUCAUCGUGAAAUCUCGCCAUACGGUAUAACUCUGGAUAUAAUAUAUUAUUAAAAGAAAAAAUGAUCAAUGUUAGGAUACUUUGUCGCAUUCCAGUGUGGCUUUAGUAUUCAUUCGCGAUAUUAAUGCAGUUCGUCGUGGUAUUCAUAUUGGCGAGAAAGCAUUGAUUCGUUUUUAACUGUUAAACGAAAAAGAAAGAUUGAAGCCAACGUUUAAAGGAUGUUGGCUAGAUUGAAGAACGCCUGUCAGUGUCCAACACCGAACUGCAACUUUCAUCUUCCAGGAAUGGAAAAACCGGAAUCAUCCGCCGACGGUGCCAGUGCUAUGGAUCUUGAAGACAGGGAUCCGAAUAAUCUCAACCAACAUCUUCAAGUGAUGUGGGACGAUGUGAUCGGCGAACCGGAAGGCAUUCGAAGUCCCGAGUGCGCUUGGCGCUUGAGUGGCCACUGUUUUCGCCUUUCGAGGGGUUGCUGUUACAUAUUUCUCUCGGUCUUGGUUGCACCCUUGCUAGCACUUUGCCUUGGAUUUACAUUCGCCUGUCUUGCCUUCGAGCACAUAUGGUGUGUGGCCCCUUGUCUUCGUGUAUGGAAAAUAACUUGUGCAGCUACCAGAAACUUUUUCACAGCUUUCGUACAAGCCAUCGUUCGUCCCGUUGCUGACGCCCUUGGAUAUCUCUUUAACAAUAUACGCGUUUUUAAUCAAAAAUUACCAGACGGUCCCGAAAGAAAAGACGACAUUCUUAUUGUAUGAAAAUUCAAUUUACAAAUAUUUCUA